AUGGAUAGCUACUCUGUCCUCUACAGUUCAUCCCACAGGACUGGGCUCCUAUCCGGCUUCCAGCGCCUGCGUUCUGAGAGGAAGAUGUGUGAUGUUGUCUUACAAGUUGGCGGUGUAGCUUUCCCGUGUCACCGCGCCCUUUUAGCCAGCUCCAGUGAGUAUUUUUGGGCACUGUUUGGAGAGACGACGGCAGAGAGAUUAGCGGGAACCGUUAGCCUGCCAGCGAUAACACCUGAGGGUUUGGAUGCCAUUUUGGACUUCCUCUAUUCUGGCUGGCUCAGCGUUUCACCCUCCACUCUUCCUGUUGUUUUGGAAGCAGCCAGGUACUUGCAGGUAGAAACCGCCGUCUCAAUAUGCGAGCGUUUCAUAACCGACGGCUUGUGCGCCGAAAACUGCUGCUGCUACGCUAACCUGGCUGAGCGUCACGCCCUCCCAGAUGCACUUGAAGCUGCCAAUCAAACCAUCGCCUUGGAGAUGAUGGUUUUGCUACAGGAGAACAGGGAUGAUCUUCUCGGACUGAACAUCCAAUCGCUGAUGGAGGUCCUGGAUGCUGAUGAGAUACCGGGCGUUAAAGAGGUGGAGCUUGCAAAUCUAGCUCUGGAUUGGCUGGAUGAAAACGGGCCCCUCCCGCUGCUAAAAUCCAAUUUUCUGUUGAGUCGUCUGCGUUUCGGAUUGGUUGCUGUCUCGGACCUCAACAAUCUCAGCAACGCCCACAAGGCCAUGACCACACCCCUGAUACGAAGCCAGCUGACUCGAGCGUUGGAGUACCACUGGUCGGGAUUAACUCAGCCAAUCAGACAAAGCAAACAAACAACUCUGAGAGCAGCGCCCAAUCGUGUGCUUCUUGUAGGUGGAGGGCCAAGUCCUGAUUGGCCGGAACAGCAGGUGCUGACCUUUGACCCCAGAAACAGGAAGUUUUCACCUCUUAGAUCGGGUCUUCCGCUGCGACUGAGGAAUCACUGCGUGUGCUCGGUCGGCGGCUUCCUCUUCGUGAUCGGAGGAGACGAAGUGAAAGAAGGAGGCGAGGAUGGAAAGAAUUCCGUCACCAUGGCAACAACUAACCAGGUGUGGCGCUAUGAUCCUCGCUUUGACUGUUGGGAGCAGGUGGAGUCCAUGCAGGAGAGGCGGGCGCAGUUCACCUGCUGCGUCAUAGCGGAUGUUAUUUAUGCCAUCGGGGGAAGACAAACUCGACUGGACGCUAGCGCACACACCUCAGUGGCAUCUGUUGAGUUUUACGACAUGGCUGAGAGAUCAUGGAGGAGAGGCGCUCCGAUGCCGUGCCCCCUCUACGGCCAUGCCUUGACCGUGCUCGACGACUGCAUCUAUGUGUCGGGUGGCGUCCCUGGCAACCGUGGCAUCAUCACCGGUGGCAGUGGCAACCAGGACGACCGCAGGGAGGCAACAAAAGAAGUCCUACACUGGGACCUUAAAGGUAGAUCUUGGGAAAAACGAGCUCCCAUGUCUAUCGCCAGGUUUGGCCAUCGCCUGGCAACCGUAAAUAACUACAUCUACGCCCUGCUGGGGAUGUACGAGCCCUUCUGCGAUAUUGAACGGUAUGAUUCACAGGCUGACCACUGGACUCGACUCAGGCCCCUCGUCACCGGCUCCUUCGGCUACGGGAUGGCGUCCAUGCCAUCUGGGAUCCUUCUGGUAUUUGGAGGGAGACGAUGGAGCGACGGACAAGAGGUCAUAGUGAAGAGUGUGUUGGAAUAUGACACCAAAAAGGACCGCUGGAGGGAGAUCUGUCAGCUCCCCAGGCCUCUCACUGGGACUGAAUGCACACUGCUGCCCAUUCCAGACUAA